UUUUUUUUUUCUUCAUUCUUUGUAUUUUACUUAAUACCAACGCAUAGACAACAAAAAAGCAUCAUUUUCACUUGCAUUUUGUAACACUCAUUCACGCUCUCCACUCCUUUACCCUUGUUUAUUCUGCACUCCACUUUAUUUAAGCAGCACAGCAAUCCCCCCAAACGUGUGUAACGCAUUAUUGAACACCGGUUUAUUUUAUUCCCUAUUUUCAUUUCUCCACUCCCUACUCAUUUUAAACAAACAUAAUGACGAACCCAAGUGAAAAGGACUUGGGACAGCCCCAUGGUAUCUUACGCAACGCUUCCCCUUAUGCACAACAACAACGAGAAACCAUCAUCUCGCUCAAUGACAGUGAAAAGACUGUUGAAAAUGAGGAGGAUGAAGAUGAAGACAACGAGCACUCUGAAGGCGGCACUUAUGAAGAUGCCAUCAGUGGUCGCUGGGGUGAAGGCCCUUCUCGUGUCAAUGUCGUUAACGCAGAGAAGGACUUUAAGAACUUGGAACGUCAGCUUACCCGUCGAUCUUCCAUCUAUCGCACUCAAACCGGUGAAAAAGUUCUUGGUGAUAAUGGUGAUUUCGAUCUGACCAAUUAUCUUCAGGACAUCAUCCCCCGUGCUGACGAUGCUGGAAUCAAGCGUCGUAACCUUGGUGUUGUCUGGGAAAACUUGGAAGUCUUGGGCGAGGGAGUAGGUGCUCAAUACAUCAAGACCUUUGCUGAUCCUUUCAUCGGUCUUUCCAAUCUCAUCAACCCUUACUUUUGGGCCAAGAAGGCCUUCUCCAAACAAUCCUCCCAACCAAAGUCUAUCACCAAGACCAUUCUCCACCCUAUGAAUGGAUACUGCAAGGAUGGAGAGAUGAUCCUAGUCCUCGGUCGUCCUGGUGCUGGAUGCUCAACCCUCUUGCGUGUCCUUGCUAAUGACCGCAAGAACUAUAAGGAGGUCAGCGGUGAAGUCACCUACGGACCCUUCACCGCCCAUGAAAUCGCUCUUCAUCAUCGUGGUGAAGUCUUGUAUAACCAAGAAGAUGAUUUCCAUUACCCAACAUUGACCGUCCGUCAGACCUUGACUACAGCCUUGAAGACCAAGACCCCUGGCAAGCGUCUUCCUGAGCAGUCUCACAAGAAGCAAUUCGUUGACGAAUUCUUGGACGUCCUCACCAAAAUGUACGGUUUGACCAAACAGAUUGAGACUGUCGUCGGUAAUGCCUUCAUCCGUGGUGUUUCUGGAGGAGAGCGCAAGCGUUUGUCCAUUGCAGAGCAGAUGGCGACCCGCUCAUCCGUCAACAUGUGGGAUGGCUCCACUCGUGGUCUCGAUGCCUCCUCUGCUCUCGACUACGUCAAGUCUCUCCGUGUCAUGACCAACUUGAUGAAGAAGGCUACCAUGGUUUCUAUCUAUCAAGCUUCCGAAAACAUCUAUGAUCUCUUCGACAAGGUCAUUCUCCUCUAUGAAGGUCGCUGCAUCUACUUUGGUCCUGCCAACGAGGCACGCCAAUACUUCAUCAACCUUGGCUUUGAAUGCCCUAGCCGUCAGACAACUGCUGACUUCUUGACUGCUGUGACUGAUCCCCAUGAGCGUAAGCCUCGUCCAGGUUUUGAGGGCAGGGUCCCCAAUACUCCCAAGCAGUUUGAGGAUGCAUUCAGGGCCUCAUCCUUUUACACCACAGUCGAGAAAAACCGUAUCGAAUACCAGACCUCUGUUAGUGAACACAUUCCUGCAGCCCACUUCAAGGAGGCCACCAAACAGGUUAAGCAGAAACAUGUCUCAGUCAAGAAUCCUUAUACCAUCUCUUUUGCAGGCCAGGUCAAGGUUUUGACUGUGCGCCAGAUUCAGCUCACCCGUGGAGACAUGACCUCGGUCGUUUCUCGUUAUGCCUCUAAUGUUAUCAAAGCUAUUAUUGUCGGAUCUGUCUUCUUCAAACUUCAUACCGAUGGCAACGGUGCCUUCACUCGUGGAGGUGUCCUGUUCUUUGCUCUUUUGUUCAAUGCCCUGAUUUCUCAAGCCGAACUUCCCUCAGCUCUGCAAGGUCGCCCCAUCUUGUAUAAGCACAAGGGCUUUGCCAUGUACCGUCCCUCUGCCUUUGCCAUUGCCCAGAUUGUUGUUGAUAUCCCCUUGAUUAUUGCCCAGGUUGUUCUCUUCUCCGUUGUCUUGUACUUCAUGUCCGGCUUGCAACUCGAAGCAGGCAAAUUCUUCUUCUUCUGUCUGGUCCUGUUCUUAGCCGCGUUCUGUAUGACUGCCUUCUUCCGUAUGUGGGCUGCAGUCUCCUCCACCUUCGAUGCUGCCUCUCGUAACUCGGGUCUGCUUCUCUUGGCUUUGAUCUUGUAUUCUGGAUAUAUGAUUCCCUAUCAAUCCAUGCAUCCUUGGUUCGUCUGGAUCUUCUGGAUCAAUCCCCUGGCCUAUGCUUUCAAAGCUUUGAUCUCCAAUGAAAUGCGUGGUCUUCAGUUUGAUUGCUCUGGUUACACCAUGAUCCCCUCUGGUCCUUCCUACAAUGAUGUCCAGUACCAGGUCUGCUCUCUUGCUGGUUCCAAGCCCGGAAUGACUUAUGUCGAUGGCUCUGAUUAUCUGUAUGCUGCCUACCGCUACAAGACUGCUGAUAUGUGGUGGGAUGUCCUUGCUGUCUUCUUGUUCUGGUUGCUCUUUGUUGCCAUCACCUGCUUGGCUCUUGAAAAGAUUGAGUUUGGCAAAGGUGGUUUCUCAACCAACGUUUUCAAGAAGGGCUCUGUCACUAUCAACAACAAGCCUCAGGACGAAGAGUCUGGUCUUGCUUCUGCCGGUCCUCUCUCUGCUUCUGCCUCGACUAUCGAAGCCUCGAACCCUGCUACAUCUGGCGGCCGUGCCAAAAACUCUGGUAUUGAACUUGAAAUGGCCAAGGGAGCUGUCUUCGCCUGGGAGAACCUCGACUAUGUUGUCCCUUACAAGUCAGAUCCUUCCGGCAAGAAGCAACUCUUAACCAAUAUUGCAGGUCUUGUCAAGCCCGGUACCAUGACAGCCUUGAUGGGCUCCUCUGGUGCAGGAAAAACCACUCUCUUGGAUGUCCUUGCUCAGCGCAAGAACAUUGGUACUGUCACUGGUCAGAUCGAAGUCGAUGGCGAGCCCCUUCGUCGCGACUUCCAGCGCACAACCGGAUACUGCGAGCAGCUCGAUGUCCAUGUUCCUGAAUGCACUGUCCGUGAAGCCCUUCGUUUCUCCGCUUACUUGCGUCAACCUGCUGAUGUCCCUGAGGAAGAGAAGAACGCCUAUGUUGAGGAAAUUAUCCAUAUUCUCGAGAUGGAGAACAUUGCUGACGCAUUGAUCGGUACAACUGAAUCCGGACUUGGUAUCUCGGUCGAGGAGCGCAAGCGCCUCACUAUCGGUGUCGAACUGGUGGCCAAGCCUAAGCUCCUGUUCUUGGACGAGCCAACAUCUGGCUUGGAUGCCCAGGCCUCCUAUAACAUCAUGCGUUUCAUGCGCAAGUUGACUGAUCAGGGCCAGGCUAUUUUGUGUACCAUCCAUCAGCCAUCGUCUCAGCUCUUUGCUUUCUUUGAUGAUCUCUUGCUCUUGGCCAAGGGCGGUAAGACCGUAUUCUUUGGUGAGCUUGGUCAUGACUCUUCUGAAUUGAUCCAUUACUUUGAAAAGAACGGUGCUCCCAAGUGCGCCCCAGAUGCCAAUCCUGCUGAAUAUAUUUUGGACGUUGUCAAUGCGCGCCAUUCUGGUCUUGACUGGCCCCAGAUCUGGGCCUCCUCCCCUGAGAAAACCAAGCUGUUGGAGGAUAUUAAGGCUACUCGCAAGACCCCUGCUCAUACCAACAAUGGUACCGGGCAGGCCGUUGCCUCUUCGGACGAAGGACUUGAGUUCGCAACCGACUUCCGCACACAAUUCAAAUAUGUCUUCCGUCGCAUGUCCAGGACCUACUGGCGUCUUCCUCAGUACAACUUUGGUCGUAUCUUCAUGAUGAUCGUCUUUGCUCUUCUUAACGGUUUCUCUUUUUACAAACUCGGUGCUACCAAGGUCGAUCUCCAAUCCCGUGUCUUUGUGAUCUUCCAGAUCAUGGUUAUGGCUGCUCUGCUCGUUAACAUGGUUGAACCUCGUUUCCAUACUGAGCGUCAAUGGUUCUACCGCGAGUUCGCUGGCAAAUACUAUGGUUGGAAGCCCUUUGCAUUGUCCAUCAUCUUGAUUGAGAUCCCCUACAUCGUCUUGUCGGCAACUGUCUUCUUCUUGGUCUUCUACUGGACUGUUGGUUUCGUCUCAGAUUCGGUCUUGACGUUCUACACUUGGUUGAUGAUCACAGUCUUUUCCCUGUUUGCGAUCACCCUCGGCCAAUUGAUUGCCGCUUUGACUCCCUCGACUACAGUGGCUGCAUUGCUGAACCCCUUCAUUUUCAGUUCUUUGAAUUUGUUCUGUGGUGUCAUGAUCCCCUUCGCAGCCAUGCCCAAGUUCUGGUCUUCCUGGAUUUACUGGUUGGAUCCUUACCAUUACAUCAUCGAGGGUUUGGUCGCAAGUCAGUUGCAUAACGUACCUGUCCGCUGCGCUAACGAUGAAUAUUCGAUCUUCAAUGUACCUGCUGGUCAAACUUGUGGAUCCUAUGCGGCUACAUUCUUGGAGAAGGCUAUGGGAUACCUCAACAAUCCCAAUGAUACCUCGAAUUGCCAAUACUGUCAAUACGAAUACGGUCAAGACUUCUAUAGGAACUUGAAUAUGGACUUUGAUAAUCGCUGGAGGAACUUGGGUAUCUUGUUCAUUUACAUUGCCUUCAACGUCAUCAUGCUCAUGGUUGCGAUCCGCUAUGUUCGCUGGGAUCGUCGCUAAAAUAGAAGCAACUUUUUAGAAUAAGGAAAAAAAAAAACUAAUAACCAAAACAUACAAAUAAUAUUCAUCUUGUAUAUAAUAAUAAAUAUCAAACUUU